AAAAAAACCCUUACGAUGAAAAGAUCCCUGCUUAGAAAUGUCUGUCUCUGCGCUCGCACUCGUCUUCUCUCUCCUCCCUGCCACAUUCCGAUCCCUAAAACCCAACUCGGCCAUCCGCUCGCUGCUUCGACUUGGCCCAGACACAGCUUCUACUCGACCGAGUCACCCUCACCCAAGAAAGAGGCUUCCAAUGGUGCAGGGGAUGAUGGUGUCAGUAAUGAAGAGCUGAAAAUGCGAAUUGAUUCCUACUAUAGUGGGAAUCAGGAGGCAUUGCCAUCAAUCUUUGAAGCAAUUCUGAAGAGGCAGUUGGCAGGGAAGGAUGAAGAGACCGAUGAGAAAUUGAUGGAAGAGAUUCUCGGACACGGGCAGGAGCCGCUGAGUGAUAUCGAAGAUGAGGUUGAAGCUGAUGCCGAUGAAUUCCCCGGCAGCGAUUUAGAAAUUUGAUGACGAUUAAAGGUAAUGUGAUGAAGGAACAAGGAUCAAGCACAUUGCAUUGUGCAGCAGGCAACUGGUGUUCUGUUGUCCCUUUAGAAAAAUGUUGUACAAAAGUAGCAAAACCUCUAUGGUUUAGUUUCUUCAAAUUGUUUCAGUUUUCGGACUCGGAUGGUAUCUGUUUGUCGAUGAUCUUAGGUUAAGUUAAAUAUGUACUUUGCAAAUUGGCGAAAUCGUUCUGCUUACAGAAAAGAAAAGAAGGAACGAAACUCACUUUUAUGCA